GUUUCUACCGCUUGCAACAGCGAAUGACACUGAAGAAAAUUAUGUAACUCAUAUUCCCACUCCACUUAAUAAAAAGGUUAUGAGGGCUUCCCCACAAAAUGUCACUAUUUCCCUUCUCCUUUCCAAUCCAUCCUUCAUUCACAAAUAAUGGUUGUCUUCAAGUCCUCAUACGCUCCUAUCCCUUUACCCGACAUUGAUGUCUACUCGUUCCUCCUCUCGGAAAACGAAUACAAUACCGCACAUCCUCAGGAUCGCAAGGUCGUGAUAGAUGGUCCUUCCGGCCGUUCGUUGACGUUCUCCCAAGUUAAAAAUCUGGCUAGCCGCAUGGCUGCCGGAUGGCAAGACAAGGUCGGCUUGAAGAAGGGCGAUAUCGUGGCGUCCUUUGCUCCCAACCAGUACGAUCACAUCGUAGUAUACCUCUCUUUACUCGGUGCCAAUGUCACCGUCACUCCUGGAAACCCUGCGUACACUGAAGCUGAGUUCCACCACCAGAUCUCAAACUCGGGUGCCAAGGCUCUCGUUACUGUUCCUGAGCUGCUGCCUGUCCUCACCAAGGUGUGCGCCAAAGUAGGCAUCCCCAAGGACCGCAUCUUUUUGUAUGGUGAGAAGGAAGUCGAUGGCUACAAAUCCGUGUAUUCGCUGCUCGGCGAGCGCCAGAUCCUUCCUCCUUUCAAGGGCAUCAACAGCAAGGAAGAUGUCGCAUUCAUCUGCUAUUCCAGUGGCACCACUGGUUUGGCUAAGGGUGUCAUGUUGACCCAUGAAAACUUUGUCUCACAAACUCUUCUCAUGAUGGGCAUGAAGGAAGAUAAUGAGGAAGAAUUUGACGACGUUGUGUUGGGCUUCUUGCCCUUCUUCCACAUCUUUGGUUUGACCGUCUUGUGCCUCAAUGCGUUCUAUGCUGUCACACCUGUUGUGGUUAUUCCCCGCUUCGAGAUCCAGAUGUUCUGCGAACUGAUCGAAAAGUACAAAAUUACGCUUGCUAGCAUUGUUCCACCAGUUGCUGUUGCUCUGGCCAAGCAUCCUAUCGUUACCAAGUACGACUUGUCCAGCGUCCGUCUUUUGGGCUGCGGUGCUGCCCCCCUUGGCAAGGAACACAUUGACGCACUUGCCCAACGCAUGCCCGCUCUUUUAAAACAAGGUUACGGUAUGACCGAAACGACCAGUGGCGUUAUCACUCAAAAGUCUACUGGUGGUGUAGCCGGCUCUAUCGGUGUACUUUGCCCGAACCACGAGUGCAAGAUUGUCGACGUCGUAUCUGGAAAGGAACUUGGUCCUGAUCAAGAAGGUGAACUUUUGAUGAGAGGUCCCUCUAUUAUGAAGGGCUAUUUGAACAACCCCAAGGCCAAUGCUGAAACUUUCGCUGAGGACGGCUGGAUGAGAACGGGAGAUGUGUGCCGUUUUGAUAGCAAGGCCCAAGAAUUCUUCAUUACCGACCGUUUAAAGGAAUUGAUCAAGUUCAAGGGUUUCCAGGUUGCUCCCGCUGAACUCGAAGCUCUUUUGUUGGGCUUGCCUGAAGUUGCUGACUGCUGUGUCAUUGGCGUGUUCGACACUGCCCAGGCCACCGAAUUACCCCGUGCUUACGUUGUUCCUCAAGCUGGUGUUAAAGCUGAUGAUGCUUUCGUCCAGAAAAUUAGUGACUAUGUGGCCAAGAAUGUCACCAACUACAAGCGUUUGCGGGGUGGUGUGCGUUUCAUCGACCAAGUCCCCAAGAAUGGCAGCGGUAAAAUCAUGCGCCGACAGGUUCGCGAGAUGGCAAAGAAGGAAGACGCUGCCCAGGCUAAGGCUAAAUUAUAAAUACGUAAAAUAGAAUUGUUUAGAUUUCCCCUCCCCUUGAAUCAUAAUAACUGGAUGUAAAUAUAUACUUAUACAACAUACA